CGGCUGCGCUGGACAACAAGGGAGGGGGCGAGGGCCGCUCGGACGGCUGGACGGCGGGCGGGACGGCCGGGACGCGCGGACACGGAGCAGGACCGCGGGACGGCCGGCCGGCCGGCCGGAGCCCGCAGGGGCGGCGGGGCGGGGGCCCCGGGGAGGCGCCGACCCAAGCCGGCAGCAGCAUGUCAUGGUUUAGUGGUCUCCUGGUCCCCAAAGUGGAUGAACGGAAAACAGCCUGGGGUGAACGCAAUGGGCAGAAGCGCCCACGCCGUGGGACUCGGUCCAGUGGCUUCUGUACACCCCACUAUAUGAGCUGCCUCCAGGAUGCAGAGCCACCCAGCCCCACCCCUGCAGCUCCUACUCGGUGCCCCUGGCAGGAUGAGGCCUUCAUCCGGAGGGCAGGCCCAGGCAAAGGCGUGGAGCUGGGGUUGCGGGCAGUGGCCCUGGGCUUUGAGGACACUGAGGUGACAGCAGCAGUUGGAACAGCUGAGGUGGUACCUGAUGUGGCACCCAGGAGCAGGCGAUCCUGCUGGCGCCGUCUGGUGCAGGUGUUCCAGUCAAAGCAGUUCCGCUCAGCUAAGCUGGAGCGCCUGUACCAGCGCUACUUCUUCCAGAUGAACCAGAGCAGCCUGACGCUGCUGAUGGCGGUGCUUGUGCUGCUCAUGGUGGUGCUGCUCAUUUUCCACGCAGCACCCACACGCCCUCAGCCUGCCUACGUGGCCCUGCUGGCCUGUGCUGCCACCCUCUUUGUGGUACUCAUGGUGGUAUGUAACCGACACAGUUUCCGCCAGGACUCCAUGUGGGUGGUGAGUUACGUGGUGCUGGGCAUCCUGGCGGCUGUGCAGGUCGGGGGUGCCCUGGCAGCCAACCCGCACAGCCCCUCGGCAGGCCUCUGGUGCCCCUUGUUUUUCGUCUACAUCACCUACACACUCCUACCCAUCCGCAUGCGGGCUGCUGUGCUCAGUGGACUGGGCCUCUCCACGUUGCAUUUGAUCUUGGCCUGGCAACUCAACCGUGGUGACACCUUCCUCUGGAAGCAGCUUGGUGCUAAUGUGGUGCUGUUCCUCUGCACCAACGUCAUUGGCAUCUGCACACACUACCCAGCUGAGGUGUCUCAGCGCCAGGCCUUUCAGGAGACCCGCGGUUAUAUCCAGGCUCGUCUGCACCUGCAGCAUGAGAAUCGGCAGCAGGAGCGGCUGCUGCUCUCGGUGUUGCCCCAGCAUGUUGCCAUGGAGAUGAAAGAAGACAUCAACACAAAAAAAGAAGACAUGAUGUUCCACAAGAUCUACAUCCAGAAGCAUGACAACGUCAGCAUCCUGUUUGCGGACAUUGAGGGCUUCACCAGCCUGGCCUCUCAGUGCACUGCUCAGGAGCUGGUCAUGACCUUGAAUGAGCUCUUUGCCCGGUUUGACAAGCUGGCCGCGGAAAAUCAUUGCCUCAGGAUCAAAAUCUUAGGGGAUUGUUACUACUGUGUGUCAGGGCUGCCAGAGGCCCGAGCAGAUCAUGCCCAUUGCUGUGUGGAGAUGGGGGUGGACAUGAUCGAGGCCAUCUCGUUGGUGCGUGAGGUGACAGGCGUGAAUGUGAACAUGCGUGUGGGCAUCCACAGUGGGCGUGUACACUGUGGUGUCCUUGGCCUGAGGAAAUGGCAGUUUGAUGUGUGGUCCAACGAUGUAACCCUGGCCAACCACAUGGAGGCAGGGGGCCGGGCUGGACGCAUCCACAUCACUCGGGCCACGCUGCAGUACCUGAAUGGGGACUAUGAGGUGGAGCCAGGCCGUGGUGGUGAGCGCAAUGCAUACCUCAAGGAGCAGCGUAUUGAGACUUUCCUCAUCCUGGGCGCCAGCCAGAAAAGGAAAGAGGAGAAGGCCAUGCUGGCCAAGCUGCAGCGGACACGGGCCAACUCCAUGGAAGGGCUAAUGCCCCGCUGGGUGCCUGAUCGUGCUUUCUCCCGGACCAAGGACUCCAAAGCUUUCCGCCAGAUGGGCAUUGAUGAUUCCAGCAAAGACAACCGGGGUGCCCAAGAUGCCCUGAACCCUGAGGAUGAGGUGGAUGAGUUCCUGGGUCGUGCCAUCGAUGCCCGCAGCAUUGAUCAGCUGCGUAAGGACCAUGUGCGCCGGUUCCUGCUCACCUUCCAAAGAGAGGAUCUUGAGAAGAAGUACUCACGGAAGGUGGAUCCCCGCUUCGGAGCCUAUGUUGCCUGUGCCUUGCUGGUCUUCUGCUUCAUCUGCUUCAUCCAGCUCCUCAUCUUCCCACACUCCACCCUGAUGCUUGGGAUUUAUGCCAGUAUCUUCCUGCUGUUGCUGGUUACUGUGCUGAUCUGUGCUGUAUACUCCUGUGGUUCCCUGUUCCCCAAGGCCCUGCAGCGUUUGUCCCGUAGCAUUGUCCGUUCACGGGCACAUAGCACCACAGUCGGCAUCUUUUCAGUCCUCCUUGUGUUCAUUUCUGCUAUUGCUAACAUGUUCACCUGUGACCACACCCCCAUACGGACUUGUGCAGCCCAGAUGCUGAAUUUAACACCUGCUGACAUCACUGCCUGCCAUCUACAACAGCUCAAUUACUCUCUUGGCCUGGAUGCUCCCCUGUGUGAGGGCACCGCACCCACCUGCAGCUUCCCUGAGUACUUCGUUGGGAACAUGCUCCUGAGUCUUUUGGCCAGCUCUGUCUUCCUGCACAUCAGCAGCAUCGGCAAGUUGGCCAUGAUCUUUGUCUUGGGGCUCAUCUAUUUGAUGCUGCUUCUGCUGGGUCCCCCAGCCACCAUCUUCGACAACUAUGACCUACUGCUUGGUGUCCAUGGCUUGGUUCCAUCCAAUGAGACCUUUGAUGGGCUGGACUGCCCAGCUGCAGGGAGGGUGGCACUCAAAUACAUGACCCCUGUGAUCCUAUUGGUGUUUGCACUGGCGCUGUAUCUGCAUGCCCAGCAGGUGGAGUCAACUGCCCGCCUGGACUUCCUCUGGAAACUGCAGGCAACAGGGGAGAAGGAGGAGAUGGAGGAGCUCCAAGCAUACAACCGGCGGUUGCUGCAUAACAUUCUACCCAAGGAUGUGGCUGCCCACUUCCUGGCCCGUGAGCGCCGGAAUGAUGAACUCUACUAUCAGUCGUGUGAGUGUGUGGCUGUUAUGUUUGCCUCCAUUGCCAACUUCUCCGAGUUCUAUGUGGAGCUGGAGGCAAAUAAUGAGGGUGUCGAGUGCCUGCGGCUGCUCAACGAGAUCAUCGCUGACUUUGAUGAGAUCAUCAGCGAGGAACGGUUCAAGCAACUGGAAAAGAUCAAGACAAUUGGUAGCACCUACAUGGCUGCCUCUGGGCUGAAUGCCAGCACCUAUGAUCAGGUGGGACGAUCCCACAUCACUGCCCUCGCAGACUAUGCAAUGCGGCUCAUGGAGCAGAUGAAGCACAUCAAUGAGCACUCCUUCAACAAUUUCCAGAUGAAGAUUGGGCUGAACAUGGGCCCAGUUGUGGCAGGUGUCAUUGGGGCUCGGAAACCACAGUAUGACAUCUGGGGGAACACAGUGAAUGUCUCUAGUCGUAUGGACAGCACAGGGGUCCCUGACCGAAUACAGGUGACCACGGACCUGUACCAGGUUCUAGCUGCCAAGGGCUACCAACUGGAGUGUCGAGGGGUGGUCAAGGUGAAGGGCAAGGGGGAGAUGACCACCUACUUCCUCAAUGGGGGCCCCAGCAGUUAGCAGGACCCAGCUACAGAUUCCACUGAAGGGACCAAGGUGGGCAUUGAGUGGAUUCUGUGCUUGCUGGGUGGAGUUGUGGCAGGGGGCACUGAGCCUCCAAUCCUUGCUGAAGGCAGAAGGGAACACACCCAGCAUGCUGUACUUGGACCAUGCUCAUCUGCCCUCAGACUGGUGAUCAAGGGGAUACCAAGAGGAUUAUGCAAGUGACUUUCUUAUUCAGUUGAAGUUGUGCUGUUACCUUUCCUUUCUUCCAACUUGUGGGAGCAAGGGAAGGGGCAGUGGUGGCAGGGGAGCUCUUCUGCCCGAGAGAUUAAAGUGGCAACUUGCCUUGCCUGCCCCUUUCUCUGUUUGGGUAACAGGCUCAGGGAUGGGUCCUUCCUUACCCUCCUUCCCCUGGGAAUAUUUUGUACAAAGACUGGAGCCAGGCAUGAGGAGUGCCUAUUCCAUGCUUGCCUUUGCUAUGCCUGCAUCCCCAGCACUGGUCCUGGGUACCCCAGCCCUGGCCAGGUCUCCCUCUUAAGCAUAGAGCAAGAGGGAGAUACCCUGAGGAUCCAGCUCUGUCUACAUUUCAGGGGAAUGUUUCCAUUUGCCAAAUUCUAGUCCCAUGAUUUGUCCCCAAAGGGGAACAAAGGGACCUCUGACAGCUCAGAUUUAGCCCCAAUUCCUGCACACUCCAGGGAAAGGGGUGUUUGGCCUCAUUGGUACUGUGAAAAUGCCCAGCCAGAGAGCAAGCCUGUGUAUGGGGAUGUUAGAUCAGGAGCUGGACAUUCACCUGCAGGUGCCAAAGAGUGCAGGCGGCCAGGGAGGGGGGUGGUGUCAGACUGAUCUGAGGCCCUGAAGUGGCCAGGAUCAGGUUCCUUGGCCCCGGCACUCGCUUGCUCUCUGCUGGCAAGGGGGCAGGGAGCAUCUCUACCCCUUCUAUUGCCAAAUAAAAAAGGGUCAGGGCACAGAGGAAGAUGACCCUGAUCCCAAACCUGGUCUCCCAGGUCUCUGACACUGGGGAGAGCCUGUGUGUUUGUAUAACUGUGUGUGCAUGUUGCUCUUUGUGUGUAUGUAUUUUCCAGGUCUGUGUGUGUCCUUGUACUUUUGCUCCUCAGCUCUCCACCCAGGGUUGCCUCUCUCCCAUGGGCCUCUGUCUUCUGGGAAUAAGGCAGGGUUUCCUAUUUCAAGGGAUGUAGAGAGAUGCCCAGGUUGCACAGGUAUGGGAUGGGGUGUGGUAGCAAAAGGAGGGUGGCCUGGGAAGGGGAAUCCUUUUUGUGCCAAAUCCCUAAGUGCCGUUUGGGGGCCAUAUGUGCAGUAUGACUGUCUCCCUGCCUAGGGCAGGAACCCAAGCACUUGCUUGAGCCCCAGUGCUCCAUGCACUUAAACUGUUUGGGGUUUGUUGAGUAGAGACUCAGGAAUUUCCUGGGUUCCUCAGCCUGUAUCCUGGGAUGUGGUAUGCUUUGGGACUUGGGUAGCAUGGGAUCCCUCUGAGAACCCAGAUACUGGUACUAAGGGAUGGGACAGGGGAACCUUAAACUUGGCUUUUCCAAGUCAUUAGCCUGAGUCUAGUGUGUUCCUGGCUCCCAAUCCCCAUGAAGCCUGUAAGGGCUGGUAGAAGGAUUAGGAGGUUAGACUCACAUUUCCUUCCUCUCCUUUCCUUCCUUUUACCCCUUUGCCUGCAACUUCCUCAACUUUGGCCUGAAUUAGUUGGUGCCUUGGUUUUUCUCUCUGUACCUAUUUAAGCCAGAAGCAUUAGCCUGAAUUUUGCUUGAAGAUCACUUUUGUCUUAGAAGUCAGAGGAGAAUGGGGUUUGGGGGUGGAAGGGGAAGGUAGUGUUCUAGAUCUUCCUCAUAUUCCUUCAGCACCAGCUCCUUGCAGAGAUCUGGUUUCUGGCUCGGUACUGCUUACCUUGGGGAAUCUAUCUCCAUGCAUCAACCAAAUGGGCCACCAGGCACAUCAUUAGCCAAGGCAGAGGAAGGGAAAAGACUAGCUGUUCCAGACAGAAAAUUGACUCCUCUUUGAUAUCUCUGAAUAGGAAGAGACUACUUGGUGCCAGGGAGUAGGAGUGAGGGUGUAAGCCAGAGUGGGAAGACCUCAGCCUUGAAUGACUUGUCUCUGCUUCUUGCCAGGUGGGAGGGGCCUGUCCAUAUCCUUGCUCCCUGUACCACAGUGCCAGCCAUGCCCUUCCCCUGGUUACCAUUGCCUCUUUCCUCACCAGGUGGUGGAGGAGUCAGGGGAUGGGAAGCCAUGGACUUUGGUUUUAUAAAGUAACCACUGUGGGAGUGGGGGAGGGUGGUUGUACCAUGUAUUUCAGUGAAAUAUUUAAUAUAUUUAAAUAUCAAUAAAAUCAAACUCUUUGUAAAAUUCCCUGUUCUCUGCAGCUGU